ACAGCCAUUUGUACAUGUAUUGGCUCAUGUGAUGGUCCACGAGAGUCUAUAUGGGAGCCUGUGUCUCGAGUUCUCUUUACAAACAAAUCAUGUGACACAUAGCUAUUAUUCAUGUGAAAUAACACAGCUAUCAUUGGCGGAAUAUUUUAAAUACCAAAUGGUGUGUUUGGCUACCUAACAACUUUCGAAAUAUGUAAUUUUGACAACCCUCAGCCUCUGUGGAUGUGCGUGUAUAUAUAUACCGGCUAUUUGAUUUGAAAUGGCAGAGGCUUAUCACGAUGGAGAUAAACGAACCUCAUCGCCGUUAAAGUCUCAUAGGCACGAUGGGUACAAAACCCUGGGACACGGGGUGGACGAAUCCCCGGGGGAGGGGCGAUGGUACGAGAGGGUGAGACUUGUCGGGGGUAACAGGAUUGUAUCGCGUGUGCUGAGAUUCCUACCGUGUUGUGGCUUUGACGAUGCCGCGGACGAUGAAGGUACCGAUGAUCCAAGACGAACAUUAUCUACCUUUGCAGGUGUUUUUGCACCUGUUGCCCUAUCUAUGUUUAGUACAUUGCUAUUUUUACGUACAGGAUUCUUGGUGGGGCAGGCAGGGAUACUUGAGUCUGUAGCUCAGCUGGUACUCGCCUACUUUAUCCUGGCGAUGACGGUCCUAUCCAUCUGUGCUAUCUCCACCAAUGGUGCCCUGGAAGGAGGAGGGGCCUACUUCAUGAUUAGUCGAGCCCUGGGACCAGAGUUUGGCGGCAGCAUCGGGUGCCUGUUUUUUGCUGCUAAUGUGAUUGCAGCAGGCCUGUACAUCAGUGGAUUUGUGGAAGGAAUGCUGGAGAAUUUCGGUCUAGACGGUACACUUCUGCCGGAUGGCCAGUCAGGCCUGCCCACACAGCCCAAUGAACAAUGGUGGAAGUACCUGUACGCUACCAUCAUCCUUUUCCUCUGCCUCAUUGUCUGUAUCAUUGGUGGUAGCAUGUUUGCUAAGACCUCGGCUUUCAUCUUUCUGUUGGUGAUACUAUGUACCCUAUCAGUGUUCAUCAGUAUAUUUGCCAAAACCUCCCCUUUCGAGGUGAUUAUUCCAAAAACGAAUCGUCUGGUGAUGAAUUCAACCGACCCAAACUCGACAGUAACAGGAAUGUACACAGGGUUGUCAUCAAAUACCUUCCACAAAAACCUACUCAGCAACUACACCAAGGAUUAUAACACACGCAAGAAGAUGGAUUUCGCAUCUGUGUUUGCCAUCCUGUUCAGCAGCGUGACAGGGAUCCUUAACGGCGCCAAUAUGUCAGGUGAACUGAAAAAGCCUGGUCGGUCGAUCCCGCGAGGAACAAUUUGUGCUGUGAUGUUUACAUUUAUUAUUUAUUUCAUUGACUGUUUAAUGAUCGGAGGAUCGUGUGACAGAUUCCUCCUGGUAAACAACUACAACUUCCUACAGGACAUCAACCUUUGGGCACCAUUCAUCUUGAUUGGUUUAUUUGCUGCGACCCUGUCUGCUGCCCUCGGUAACCUGAUUGGUGCCUCAAGGAUCCUUGAAGCCCUGGCAAACGACCAGCUGUUUGGUAUUUUCCUGAAACCUGCAACAAUAACUACAAAGGGAGGUAACCCUUAUGUGGCAGUCCUAAUGUCCUGGAUCCUUGUACAGGCGGUGUUGUUGGUGGGAUCACUCAAUGCGAUUGCUCCGGCUGCGUCUGUAUUCUUCCUCUUGUCUUACGCUGGGGUCAACCUGGCAUGUUUGGCCCUGGAACUGGCGUCUGCUCCAAAUUUUAGGCCAUCUUUCAAAUACUUCACCUGGUACACCUGUGGAGCCGGACUGUUGGGUUCAAUGGUGAUGUGCUUCCUGAUCAGCCCUAUAUACACCUCCGUGGCCAUCAUCAUCAUGUUGCUGUUGACAAUUUUACUUCACUUCCGUCCCCUACCUACUCAGUGGGGCUCCAUCAGCCAGGCUCUUAUAUUCCACCAGGUCAGGAAGUACCUUUUAAUGUUAGACCCUAGGAAGGGUCAUGUGAAGUACUGGCGUCCACAGAUCAUCCUCAUGGUGGCACAGCCUCGACAAUCCUGUGAACUCAUCGACUUCAUCAACGACAUCAAGAAAGGAGGGCUCUAUGUCCUCGGCCACGUUAAGGUUGGGCGCUGGGAAGAUCAUGACACGGACCCAUUGGGCGAGGAGCAGACACGCUGGAUGACUUUGGUAGAUGGCAUGAAGAUCAAAGCUUUUGUAGAGAUUACCAUGGCAACAUCUGUUGUCGAGGGAAUGCGACAUUUGGUGAGAAUAGCGGGACUAGGAGGCAUGAAACCAAACACAGUGUGUCUGGGAUUUUACGAUUCCUCGAAGCCUAUAGAUUCUCUAGCCAGGAGGCUUACGCAGAAAAAGAAGCGCAUUUUAGGCGGAGUUGAAAACGGUGUUUCCUCAAAUAUGGAAGGUCUUUUUUCCAGUCUACGAGGAGAACAUGAAAACAAGAGUCUACAACCGGGGGAGUAUGUACAGAUGAUUGAAGAUUCUCUAAAACUACAGAAAAACGUGAUUCUUUGUCGACAUUUCCACUUGUUAAACAAGACUGUGGUUGCAGACACUAGAGCGACGUCUUAUAUAGACGUAUGGCCUGUUAAUUUGUUUCAACCAGAAACUGCGAGUUUCUUUGACAACACAUGUCUGUUCAUGCUGCAGUUCGCCUGCAUUUUGAGGAUGGUUCCGCCAUGGAAAGCCAAAACUCAACUUCGUGUGUUCUUGUGCCUUAAUGCCCAGACAGACAACACACUCCAGAAAGAACAGAAACUGGACGCUUAUUUACAGCAGCUGCGUAUUUACGCCAAGAUCAAAAUCGUCACUUGGGACCACCUCAUGCAUAUGUUGCCACAACCGACGGAGGUGAGCAGUGAGCUGAUGCAGGAUUUUCAUUCGGCUCCAAAUCAGUUUAUACAGGAAAUGAACGAACUGAUCAUCUCGCAUUCAAGUCGGACUGUGGUAUCCUUCUUGUAUCUCCCACGACCUCCGCCUGAGAGUAAAUUU